AUGGCCCCCUCUGAUCACUGCUGCGCUGGGUUCGUUGACCUCACAAACGACUCAGACGACGACUCAGUAUCCGAUAUCGAAGUGGCCCUACCAGUCGAGCCAAUCGUCAAGGAUGAACCAGACGAGGAACAGGGCAAGAUUGUUCCCAUGGACGUCCAUGCUUCACAGAUCGAGACCACGUCUGUCCAACACGACAACGAGUUGAGAAAGCCCCCGAAGUCAAAUGAUGAAGCGCCUGAUGUCGGGUCGGCUGAGCUCAAUUGCAAGUCAGAGUCAAUCCUGCCAAAUCAGUCAGCCAGUGGACAAAGUGGUAUGCCGCUUGCUCAGCCCAACAUCGAGAAUAUCGACAGCAUAGCAGCCAUUGCCGGGGCCGGGGGCGAUGACUCUGCAAAUCACGGAACUCACAAUGUGCAAUCUGGAAUAUCUCAUGUCAAUCUCAAGCGCGGGCAGGCUGAUGUCGAUCUCGAGGAAGCCCCAGAUGAUGGUUCAAAUAACCACUUCGCCAGCCAUCUCUACGCAGCACCGAUGACACACACCGACCCCUUUCCUGAAUACGACCCCAGUGAACCGCUAGAGAUAGAUUUGCCGGACCUUCAUUCAUCCCCAGACGGGGAUGUGGAAAUGCACGGUCUCGAAGCUAUCCAGCAGUACAACCAAAACAAGGCCAACUUCGAUGAGGAAGAUGACGGUGGGGUCGUCAAUGAUGAGACUGCCGGGAUCUCCACAAAUCCACCAGACAUGGAGGCUGAAGAGUUCGACGAGAUGGAUUGGAAUGCUGUCCUCGACGAGGAUUCGUCAGCAGCGAAUGAAUAUGCCGCCGCGGCGUUUGCUAUUCGCAAGAAAGAGUACGAGCGAAAGGCAGCGGAAGGCUCGAACACUCCAACGGACGACAUCCGAUUUGCUACUGAAAAGGUGGCUGAGCACAGACGCCUCAGGGACAUCGCAAGGAGCAAAAUGGUUGUGGAAGACCCCCCACAGCAGAAUCCCCUACCUGCUGGUUAUGAGGAGGCAGAUUCACUCUUUGUUCCGGAAAUUCCUGAACUGCCGAGCUCGGAGCCGAAGAAGAGAGCAUCCAAAUCUCGCAAUCAUCUUACCAAGAAGGAAUUGCAGGAUGCUAUCUCUGCUGGCAUCGAUGCAGGUUUCGGAAAGCCGAAGAGAAAGGCAGCAACGUCUAACGAAGUUCGUCAGCCGAAGAAGAAAGGUGCAACUAACAAGAACAGAAGCGCUCCGAAUUCGGCACAGAAGAGAGGCCGCAAACAGCGGCCCAAUCUCAGCAAUAUCCAAAGUCUUGGACGAACUAACAUCGUGAGCGCCGCCCAAGCAAACGCUUCGAGACCAGACAUGCCAACUUUCACCUCGUCCAACAAAGACCAGGCGCUUAAAGAACUCAUUGCAAGUAUCCCGUCAGCUGAGCGAGGCACUGCCAGCUCCGACCGAACGGCUGUUUUGGAAGCAACCAAGAAGUUCAAGGGGCGAGGCGCAGUCAGAUCGGAUAACCAUGGAGGAUGGAGACUUCGAGGCAUGGAGUCUUCACUCUACAACCACCAACUUCUCGGUGCUGCAUUCAUGCGUGAACGUGAAACCGGAGAUGCGAAACCCAAGGGUGGGCUGGUGUGUGAUGAAAUGGGGUUUGGCAAAACAAUACAGAUGAUUGCGAAUAUCCUUGACGGCAAGGCGGACGAGGGUAGUGUUGUGAAGACCACCCUGAUCAUCGCACCGCCAACGCUACUCAAUCAAUGGAUGCAGGAAAUGGACAAGCACGUGAAGGGGAACGCCCUAGGUCGGAUUCUCCGUUAUCACUCAGGUUCCCGACUUUACAGCAACAAUAUCGUCGCGGACUUGACGGCUUAUGAUGUGAUUUUGACGACUUAUGGCGAGGUCCAGAAGAGCUAUCCUCUGGCAGAACCGCCCAAGCAUCUGGCCUCCGAAGAGAAAAAGAAUGAGUGGUGGAAGAAGCACUACACCGACAACGUCGGGCCACUUCAUCAAAUCAAGUUUCAUCGCAUCGUCCUGGAUGAAGCUCACCAUAUCAAAAACCACACAUCCAAGACUUCGAUUGCUGUUCGUGGUCUUCAGGGCAACUACAGAUGGUGCAUUACAGGAACUCCCAUCUUGAACUACAUCGAAGAGCUCUUUCCAUACUUUUCGUUCCUCAGGGUUCCCCACACUGGCGACUACGGGACCUUCUGUCACAAUUAUUGCAACAAUCGCAUCAAGAAAGACCCGGUGCAUAUGGGUCGAAUUCACAACAUCUUGAGGGCUAUCAUGCUCCGGAGAACACACGUGGACACCCUCUUUAACGCCCCUAUCGUUAAACUCCCUGGUAUUACACACAACACAGUGGAGGUCGAAUUUAACCCUGUGGAGAGGAACAUCUACAACAUUGUCAAGUCAAGAUAUAUCCAGCAAAUCAAUGCAUACUCGAAAUCUGGCACACUAAAUAACAACUACGGUCACAUUCUGGGCAUGUUGAUGCGUCUUCGAAUGCUUUGUUCUCACAUCAUGCUGUGUCAAGACGUGCUGAAACGAAUGUUCGUCGCAGCAGAUAUCGAGACUUUAUGGAGAUUGACCGCCAAGGAAGUACAGGCUUCUCAAGACACCGUCUCGAUGAACAUGAUGAAAGCUCUAAGAAAGAUGCUCGCCGCUAAUGAGAACACGCUCAAGACGUGUCAGACGAAGGAGCUCGAAAAUGGCGGUACUCCAGAUAUCGAGGAUGACGAUAUUAUGGACACCGGUUCCACUUAUGGGCUUUCCUUCAAGUUCAGAAAGUUCCUUCGGGCGUUGACUGUAUCCGAAACUUGGACCGAAGUACACCUUCGAUCGAUCUGCGCCAAAUGCCGCCUACCGCCCGAUGAUCCGGUGUGCACUUCAUGCUUUCACGUUUACUGCCAAGAAUGCAUCAUCGCCAUGCACGAAGAGAGAAGAGCUAGUGGGGAAGAGAAGACUGCAUGUCUCGAAUGCCAGACUGUAUUCGAGGAGACGUCUUCCUGUGCCGGCCUGAAAGAGCUAGGAUUUAACUCGCGGGAGAUGGCAGCAAAGGUUGAAAAGAAGAAGAGGAAGUUGGCAAAACUCACUCAGAAAGCCAAAGGAGGGGCCAGAAGUGCCAGUCUCGGCCGGGGCAGCGUUGUCUCUGACCAAAACAGUGAGGACGACGAGGAGGAAGAGGUGAAUUGGCUGGACGUCGGCGGCGCACUACUCCCCUCUGCCAAACUUUCAGCGACGAAGGCCGCCAUCCUGAACUGGAGAAGCAAGUACAAGGGACAAAAGAUCAUUGUCUACACCCAAUUUCUCGGGCUCGGUCAUAUUUUCGGCAAUGUUUGCUCCGCAGAGGGAUGGGGCCACGUCCACUUCAACGGUAAAAUGACCAUCGACGCAAGAGAACGGUCCAUCGACAAAUUCCGCGACGAUCCCAACAUCUUCAUCAUGAUCUGCUCUCUGAAGGCCGGCGGCGUCGGCUUGAACCUCAGCAUGGCGAGCAAGGUUAUCAUACUGGAUCUGUGGUUCAACUCUUCCAUCGAAGCUCAAGCAUACUGCCGCGCCUUCCGCAUCGGACAGGAAAACCGCGUCGACGUCCUCCGCUUUGUGGUCAAGGAUUCCAUCGACGAGGAUCUCAUCAAGAUGCAAGACCGCAAGGACAUCGAAGUCACGAGUGCGAUCGGGCCGGAUAGCAUGGGGAAGCGAGCCACCAUUCAGCAGUUGCUCGAGUUGUUUGGCGAGGUGAAAGAGGACGGACAGAAUGAGUUCAUCUUGGUGGAAGACGAGAAUGAAGGAGCGGACGACGACAACAAUGAGGUCGACCUUAGCAAUAGACUUCCCCCUCGGCCAUUCUGA